AUGGUACAUCAGGAAAUAUUUCCUAAUGAAAUCAGUGAGCUGAUCCCAAAGUUAAGUGACCAACAAAUUAGGAAUCUUGACAAUGAUAUUGCUGAAUGGGAAAUUAAGCAAGCCAUAUUUCAAAUGGGUGGUUUAAAAGCUCCGGGGCCGGAUGGGAUUCCUGCUGUGUUUUAUCAGAAACAAUGGAACAUUGUAGGGAAGGAGGUCACUGAAGCUGUAUUACAUUUCUUCAGAACGGGAUACCUUCUUAGAGAAUGGAAUAAAACCCUGAUUGCUCUAAUUCCAAAAAUCAGUAGCCCAGAGAAAGCUAAUCAAUUCCGCCCAAUUGGUCUUUGCAAUGUUAUAUACAAAAUCAUUUCGAAGUGCAUCACGAAUAGACUCAAGCCCAUUAUGCAACAAAUUGUUGGUCCGUUCCAGAAUGCUUUUGUUCCAAGGCGAUUUAUGGGUGAUAAUUGUCUUCUUGCACAUGAAGUGAUGACAUAUAUCAAAAGAAAGAAGAAAGGAUUGGAGAGAUUUGCUGUGCUCAAGGUAGAUAUGAACAAAGCAUAUGAUAGGGUGAGGUGGGAUUUUGUACAUUGGCUUCUGGAUGUGAUGAAUUUCCCUCCAAGAUGGAGACACUGGAUAAUGCAGUGUAUCACAACAACUUCAUACUCAAUCCUUAUCAAUAAUGAGCCAAGUGAUUUUUUUAAACCUCAAUGUGGAUUGCGACAAGGUGACCCGAUCUCUCCAUAUAUUUUUAUACUUGUCAUGGAGGUGUUGUCAAGAAUGAUGCUAAAGCUCGAAGCGACUGGGCAGAUUAAAGGUAUUAAAUUUUCCAGAAACUCUCCUUCUAUUUCACACAUGUUCUUUGCAGAUGAUUCCUUGUUCCGUUUCAAAGCCAAUCAGAAAUCAUGCAAGAAUAUUAGAGAUACAAUUGAUCUAUUCUGUAAAAUAUCUGGUGAAGCAAUAAACUUUGAUAAAUCCAGUGUCAUUUUCAGCCCUAACACCCCAAGCCCAGUUAAGAAUGAUCUAAAACAAGUUUUGGGUACUCCUUGCACUGAAAAGCUUGGUAGAUAUCUUGGCUGUGAUGUGGAAAUUGAUGGAAGAUCAGUCAAGUCUUUCCAGCCUUUGGUUGAUAAAAUUCAAAAAAAGGUUAUCUCAUGGAAGCAUUUGAGCUUAUCUCAAGCAGGGAGAUUAAUAUUCAUUAACUCCAUUCUUGCGGCUCUUUGCUCAAAUGUGCUAACUGUAUUUCGUGUGCCAAAGAAAAUUGCAGACCAAAUAAAUUCGAAAUUCAUGAGGUUCUGGUGGAAAGGUAGCUCUGAUGAUAAAGCCAUAAGAAUUCACAAUAACCCGUCAUUGCUGAUCGCUCAAGUCUUUAGUGUUGUAUAUAAGAAAUCUCCUGUUGAAGCUGGGUUGACUGCAGAUAUACAUCACAAAGCAUCUUGGGGCUAUAGGGGGUUGUGUAAGAGUGUGAGGGAUGCUGAAAAUGGAUUUGGGAAAACCGUCUAUAAAGGUGAUACUGAUAUAAAUCAGUCAAACUGGCUCCCAUCAAAAAAGGUUCAAAUUAAAGAUCAAAAUAAUAUAGAAAGAAAUAGGAUUAGUAAGGUGAAGGAUUUGUUUUCUGAAGAUGCAAAAAAUUGGAAUGCAAACUUAGUUUGGAAAAGCUUCUCCUGUGAGACAGCAAAAGAAAUAUUGGCAUUACACAUUCCACAAGAGGAUAGGGAUGAUCAAUUCCAUUGGAUGAAUAGCAACAAAGAGAGUUCCAUAGUGAAAUCUGUAUACAACUUUCUUCUUCUGGGAAACUCGGGCCAGAAUUUCAGUGAAAGGGAGAGGUUUUGGGGAAUGUUGUGGAAGAGUGAUUUAUUGCCAAAAUGGAAAGUUUUCAUUUGGAAAAUUAUGCAUAGGGCCAUUGCUGUAAAAGCUAGAUUGAGGAAGAGAGGUAUGGACGUUGAUGGGGUGUGUUGCUUAUGUAAGAGCCAAGAGGAGAAUGAAGACCAUCUAUUCAGAGACUGUCCAGUUGCAAAUCACGUUUGGAAGUCUUCCCCACUUGGUAUUGUGGUUCAAAAUAACCAACAUGUUGAAGUUCGAAACUGGAUAAGGAAUUUUCUCACUUAUUUUUGGAAAGAGGACGGGCAUGAUAGCACGAGAAGCAAGGUAUUCAUUGUUGUUCUGUGGGCAAUAUGGUUACAGCGCAACGAGGUAACAUUCAGAAAGGCUGAGGUUAAUCCGAUGAGAAUUAUGCAUUCUAUUAGGAAGCAUAUAAACCAAGCCAUGGAAGCUGAGAGAAUGGUGCAAAUUAUGAAAAGGGACAAUGCGAUAAGAUGUGGAGAACAAAGACAAAGUAAAAGUCACAUUAUCAUUAAAGAUAAUUUUGGUAUUGCCCCUUGUGAUCUUAUUGUUGCAGGUUAUUGGAAAAGGGUCAAGAAGAAAAAAUAUGCUAUUGCAUUAGCAAGCUGGAUAAUUUUAAGAAACAAUAAAGAAGUUGCUAAAAAUGUGCAAAGAGUGGAAGCUAUCGAUGCCUGCCAAGCGGAAUUGAAAGCUGUCCUUCUAGCUGUUCAACAUGCCUAUUCAACGCAUAUAAGAAGUGCUAGAGUCUGCACAAGUAGAGCUGGAGUGGUGAGUAACAUUAGAAAUUUUCCUGUUUGCAGAUUUGACUUGGUCACUUUGAUUGGGGAUAUUAUGAACAUUUCUGGAAAACUUGAUGGGUGCUCAAUAGAGGAAUGCAGCAAGGACCAAACUUUGAAGGCAAGAGAGUUGGCAGCUGAGUUUAGGAAAAAGUGUUUUUAG